AUGGCUCGCGAUAGGAGCGUGUACGUGGAGCCCAACACUGACGACGUCCCUCCGCCGCCCAGGGGUCACUCGUCGCUUCGCAGUCAAUUUCGCGAGGUUCCUGCGAGCGCGCAGUCGGUCGCACAGGGCCGGUCGCUGCCGUCGUCGUCGUCCGUGCCGAGCGGCAACGCACGCUACAUCCGCUCCACCACCACUCCCCCGCUGCGCCGACCCCCGGCCGCGCAGCCCCCUCCGGCUGAGGGAAGCGAUGGCGGCGGCAGCAGCAAGCCGAAUGCGCCGCCGCGGGAGCUGCGGGGCAAGCAAGGCGCGCUCGAGAACGGUGGGAGCAGGAGGAUGGAGGGGAGCGAAGGGGGAAACCCGGCGCAGGAGGGGACGGGCGGGGGAGGCGCGCAGGAGAAAGCGGCGGUGGCGGGGGUGGCGCGCGAGGUGUUGUUCGUGAAGGGCAACGUGGCGGUGCACCCGUCGGCGUCAUCCAGCCGCAAGAUCGCGGGGCAGCUGCGCCUCGUCAAGCACGGCGCUGACGUCUUCCUCAAUUGGAUUCCCUACGAGCCCUCCUCGCCCGCAGGCACGCCUAAAGGCAUAGCGCGGGGCAGUCUGCUUUACUCCAUCCGCUCAGUGGCCGUGGCGGAGAUGCGAUCCAUCCGCCGCCACACGCCGCCCUUCGGAUGGCACUACAUCAUCAUCGUCCUCACCUCAGGAGUGGCGUUCCCGCCGCUCUAUUUCUACGACGGGGGGGUGAAGGAGUUCCUACACGUGUUGAAGCAGCACGCCAUGCUCGAGCGCUCCCUCGACGACCCCAAUGUCUACAACGUCAACCAGUCCUUCGACCUCCUGCAGAGGAGUCUAGCGCAGCUGCAGCUGUGGGAUCCGCCAUCCGCCGAGCCCGCCGAGCCGCCCGCCUCCGCCAACUUUCGCUCCAUGUCGCUCCCUGCCGCCCGCCGCCACGCCCCGCCCUUCCGCCCCUCCGCCCCCUCUGCCACUCCUGCUGCUGCGGCAGCGGCGGGCGGUGCAGGGGGGAGGGCGGGGGCAGGGGGGAGGGCGGGGGCGGGGGGGAGGUACGGGUUGGGCGAGCGCAGUGCAUCGGCGGUCGGGCCGCUUGGGCGCAGCAGGGCGCUGGGCAGUGUGAGCGAGGACGAGGCUGAAGGGGGGGAGGACGGGGAGAGCGCGGAGGACGCGGAGGGUGGGAAGGGUAAGGGGACCAAGGCAGUGCAGAGGAACAAGCUGCCCCCGUCGCUUGCCCCUCGCAGCACCGCCGUCACUCCCACCCCUUCUGAUGGCGGGGCGGUGGACGGCGAGGAGGGGGGAAAGGGAGGCGAGGGGGCAGGGGAGGGGGGCGAGGGGGAGCAGCAGUACCCGAGUGAGGCGGAGAUGCUGCGCAUGCUGGAGGCCGCCCAUGCCCUCGCGCAGCAGCAGGCUAAGCAGAGGCGAGGGGGGAAGGCGGGGGGGGCAGGGGAAGGGGGGGGCGGGGGAGAGGGAAAUGGGGAGCAGCCAUCGGAGGCGGAGGUGCUGCGCAUCCUGGAAGCCGCCAAUGAACGCGCCCUGCAGGACGCUGCUCGGGGUAGGGCGCUCUCCCACCAGCAGCACCAGCAACACCGUGCACCGCACAGCAGCAGGCAGCGCCAACAGCCUGCUGACGUGGCAAAGGACAUCUCCAUGCAGGUGCUGGGGGGCUUCUCCGCCGUGACGCGCAUGGCACGCGGCAUGCUGGCUGCCGCCCCCGCCGCCGUGGGGGAGGCCAUGGGCGGGCUGGGCGGCAUGGGCGGCUAUGAGGGGCGGCUGCUGGGCGGCAGGGAUGCGGAGGAGCGCAUGCCUGCUGCUGACGCGUGGGGGGGCGGGUGGGCGGGGGAGGAGGAGGAGGAGGAGGAGGAGGGCGAGAGUGAGGGCAGUCUGAGCCGCCUCACCACCAUCAAGGGGAGCACGGAGGAGAGCACAGGCGUGGGCGAGUUUGAACUGCUAGACGACUUUCAGGACAAUUCCUCCUCCCUCGUGCCGCCUCGCCCUCAACUGCCACCACUCUCCGAAGAUGAGUGGCGGGGGUAUGAGGACAGUGAGGGGCGGGUGAGCGAGGCGAACAGGGAGGCGGUGCUGCAGCGCAUCUUCUACAGCGGCAUCGAACCCCACCUGCGCGCCCAGGUGUGGCCGCGGCUGCUGGGCUAUGUGCCGUGGGAUGCCAGCCACGCGGAGAGGGAGCAGCUGCGGCAGAGGCAGAUCACCGCGUACAACGCGCUGCUGCUGCAGUGGCAGAGUAUAAGUGAGGAGCAGGCGAGGCGGUUCACCAAGUAUAGGGAGAGGUGCAGCCGCAUCGACAAGGAUGUUGUGCGCACGGACCGGCACCUGGCGUUCUUCGCGGGGGAGGGCAAUGAGAAUCUGGAGCGUGUGCGCCGCAUCCUCAUCACCUACGCCUUCUACAACUUCGACCUCGGCUACUGCCAGGGCAUGGGCGACCUAUUAGCACCGCUGCUGAUGGUGCUGGGGGAUGAGGUGGAGGCGUUCUGGGCGUUUGCAGCGUACAUGGAGACCAUGGCGCCCAACUUCCACCGCGACCAGAGCGGCAUGCACGCCCAGUUGCAAGCACUCUCCCAGCUGGUGCACCUGGUGGACGCGCCCCUCUACGAGUACCUGGAGAGCGUCGACUGCCUCAACUUCUUCUUCUGCUUCCGCUGGAUCCUCGUGCGCUUCAAGAGGGAGUUUGAGCUUGAGGAGACGUGUCGGCUGUGGGAGGCGCUGUGGAGCUGCCACCUGUCGCAGCACCUGCACCUCUUCAUCGCUGCUGCCGUGCUCAAACGCCACCGCCGCCGCAUCAUGGAUGAACAGAUGGAGUUUGACUCGUUACUCAAGUUCGCCAACGACCUCAGCUGCCACAUUGACCUGGAUGCCGCCCUCCGAGAUGCCGAGGCGCUGUGCAUCCUGUCAGGGGAGAGGGGGCAGGCAUGCAUGCCGGUGGCACCACCACCUCUUGAAGAGAUGCAAGGGGGACCGCAAGAUGCGGUGGUGGAGAUGGGGCCGUACAAGGCGGGAACGGUGCAGUGGCAGCGCACGCUCAAGGCGCAGAUGCAGGCGUGGCGCGACGACCCGCACUGGCACGACGAGACGCCCAACGUCAAGGUGUCAGCCCCCAAGGGCGCAUUCUGCCAGAUCGACUCGGAGGUGACGCUGGCGCUACCGCCCGACGCGGUGUACAACAUCCUGUGCGACCCGUGCAACCGGCGCGUGUUCAAGAACAUCCGCGCCGUCACGUACCGCCGCGUGCUGGAGGACGACGGCGACCGCCAGCUCGUCGAGGUCGAGCAGUCCGCCGUUGGGAAAUUCCUCAUCUUCUCCGGCUCCUGCGACGUGCGACUCUUCGUGCGACAGGAUCGACUCAAACACACGAUGUCGUUCUCGAUCGCGCGGCCGGGCUUUAUGCGACGCUUCGAGGGCUCGUGGCAGGUGGACCCGCUGCCCGUGCCGUGCUCGCGACACGCGCAAACCAUGGCCGCCCGGGAGCGCGAAGCUGCGCGCGGCAAGGGCAGAGACACGGAGGGAGACGGACGGUUCGGGUGGAUAGGGGGGGAGAUGGACAAGGAGGGUGACGUGUUCUUCGACGUCAGUGACGUGUUACUUGAAGAGACAGACACAGAGGAGUGCUGCGCGGAGUGCCACAUGCGCAUGGCCUCGCGCGUGCGCCUGCAGCAGGUGAUUCUGCUCGCCAUGCCGCCGCCGCCGCCGUUCGACAUGCUGGCGCGCAACAAGACGGCGCACGAGGCGAGAGACAUGCUCACGAGCUUCAUGGCGGAGGCACGGCGGCUGAGAGAGGCGCCCUUCCCCAUCGCGGACGGCCACACCGCCUUCCCCGACCCCGCCCCGGCGCCUGACAUGCCCGCGCCCGCUGAGAAACUGCAGACAGAGGCGUCCUUUCCUCCCCCUCCGCCUCUUGUGAGACUGGAUUCGCAAGAGGAAGGCGAGAGCUCUGAAACUCCCGCCGCCGAGGGCAGUGACAGCAAGGACGCCUCGGCCGGCGACGGUGACGUGGCAGAGAAGUUCGAGGACGCGACGAGCGAGGAGCCGGCGGAACUUGUGAUGGACGAAGAGAGCCUGGCGCGGCAGAGAGAGUGGGAGCAGGCGCACCACGCCGCGGAGGCGCAGCGGCAGGCGGAGGAGGCGCAGCGGAAGGGGGAGGAGGCGGUGGUGCAGAUGGACGGGUACCGCGAGGGGCGCAUCUUGUGGCGCGCGGAGCUGGAGCGACAAAUGCGCGCGUGGCGGGAUGACCCCGAGUGGCGCGACGAGGCGGCGCAGCUGACGGUGUCGACGCCCAAAGGCACCUUCUGCCAGCUGGACUGCCAGGUCACCCUGGCGCUGCCGCCCGACACGGUGUACAACACGCUGUGCGACCCGUACAACCGGCGCGUGUUCAAGAACAUCAAGGCCGUGAAGCACCGCAAGGUACUGGAGGACGACGGCGACCGGCAGCUGGUGGAGGUGGAGCAGUCCGCUGCGUGGCGCUUCCUCGUCUUCUCCGGCUCCUUCGACACGCGCCUCCUCGUCACUCAGGACCGCGCGGAACGUACGAUGUCGUUCAAGAUCGCGCAGCCGGGGUUCAUGCGGCGCUUCGAGGGCUUCUGGCGCGUGGAGCCGCUGCCCGUGCCGGGGUCCGCGGACAUGCGCGCGGGGGGAGCGGCGGAGGGGAAGGGCGGAACGGAUACAGCCGAGAGCGGAAGUGGGGUGGAGGGGACAGGGAAGGCAGAAACGGCGGAAGGGGAGGCGGGGCGGGGGGCGGAGGGCGGCGAGUUUGAGGAUGCGCAGGAGGCGUUCGACAGCCGACCCACUGGGGAGACGGGCGCUAAUGAAGGGGGGGGGAGUGGAGAGGGCCCAAGUGGGGAGGGCGCAAGUGAGACAAAACCUGGGCAUGGCGCGCGCAUGGCUUCGCGCGUGCAUCUGCAGCAGGUGGUGCAGCUGGCACUGUCGCCCCCGCCCCCUCUGGACUACUACGUGCGUGGCAUCACAGCCCAGGUGGUGCGCGACAUGCUGGGUGACUUCCAGGCGGAGGCCAGGCGCGUGCGCUACGGGGGCGGGGAGGACGAUGGGGAGGGGGAUGGGAAGGCGGCGCAGGAGGGCGUGGGCGGGCGCAUUGCCCGAAUGAGUGCUGCUUUCCUGCACCGCGAGGCGCUGGGGGGAAAGAGCGGCAAGGGGAAGGGGGUGGGGUGGGGGAAGAAGAACGGUGCGAGGUAG